UGGUGAACGGUAGUGUGGUGUGGUGUGCCACUCUCAUCCCACUCACCAACCAGCAUCCCCACCAGCCUCUCAGUCCCAUUAAUCUGUGUGUGUGUCUGCAUCGUUGCUAACUGUGUAAUUCAUACUUAUCUCGUAUACCCCCCUUAUAUAUAUUGCCAUUAACCUCCCCCCCAAAAAUAUUCCCCAUGCGUCUCUCUCAAAAAGUUUGCCUUAAACACUUUGAUAACUCCUUAACCAUGAAUGGCUGUAGAGUGCCAACUCGAGAACUCUAAAUAAUUCAUCACUAAUUAUUAUCGGCAACGUAGAAAAGCAACUAGCAAGGUUUCAACUACAGCAAAACUGGUUUCAAAAUCUCUAGAGUCGCAACAUCAAGAGUACGGUCUCCGGGAGGCGACUUUAACCUGGGAAACGACGUGGAGCGCUAUUGAGGGAGGAGCAGCCAUGCGUCUCCUGCUGGGGAGUCUGGCAGUGAUGGUAGCCGCAACCAGUCCAGCGCGAGGCGACACUCUCCCCAGUUUGUUUUUGUCGUCGUCAGGGUUCUCCUACAAGACAUCGUCUUUCCACUCUACGUUCCGACAGCACCCGGCGCCGCUGGUGAUGAAGACGGCUCGCUUCGUGGUCGUUUCUGAGGGCCAGUACGACCAUGACCACCACACCCAUGGUCGGGAGGACCAUGGUCGAGAGGACCAUGCUCCAAGGGAACCACAUUUCGCUACAGGAAACACCUCUGCACAGGUGUUUCUGGGCAACACUGUCACCCUCGACUGUACGAUCCACGACAUGACAAACGAAUCGGUGUCUUGGAUGCGACGUGUGGAUGACAUGCUGGAGCUUAUCACCUGGGAUAGUCACACCUACGCCAAGGAUGACAGGUACUCGCUGGUGCGGGAGUCCGGAGACAGAUGGCACCGCUGGCAGCUGGUGAUACGACGGACGCGCAUCGAGGACCAAGGCCAGUAUAGGUGCCAGGUGGCCACCCAGCCUCCCAUGGUGUUGGUGGUGACCCUCAACGUCACAGAGCCAGUGGCGAGGGUGGUGGACGAGAGAGGAACCAAGGUGUUGGAGAAACACUACAACAGUGGCAGUAUGAUAGAACUCAAGUGUGUCAUCGAGAAAGUCCCUUUUCCCCAUGGUCCCGUCACGUGGAGACGCGAUGCCACCACACUCACCUACAACACAUCUAGGGGAGGUAUCAGCGUGAAGGGCGACGCCGCGGCCGGUUACAUUAGGAGUCGCCUCUAUGUAGCCGAUGCCACCCCCAGCGACUCCGGUGUCUACUCCUGCUGCUACAGCAACUUCACCAGGGAUACUGUUACCGUCCAUGUCAUAGCAGGCGAGAACUCAGCAGCCAUGCAACACGACGCUCUUCCAGGCUCCACCUCCUCCAGCAGAGCACCUCUACCACCCACCUACCUCCCUUACUUAAGUUACGUAGCUCUUCUACCCUCCGUCUGCCUCGCCGUCGGGGUCUUAACCCCGCAAGUUACACGUCGAGAGCUACCUUACACUUGGAUCACCUUCUGCAGCAUAAUCACCAUUGGGCUCUUCAGAGAGGCAGUGUGUUUCCUCACUUCACAAUCUUGCCAUGAAGAUCCGUGGAUUCUGACAUGCAGUAGUGAACAUAGAAGCUGAUAGUAACAUAUUCCUCAAUCUGUUAUGCUCCAUAUUAUCAUCUCAGUAUUUUUUUAAACGCAUGGUAAGGAAAAACAUAUAUUUUAAACGAAUUUACGUUUUCCUGAGUUAUAUGGCAGUUUGUCAUGACUUUUAUUGCUCGGGUGUUUUGUAAACACAAACAUCUGAGAGGGUGUUAGAGACGCUGUGGUCAGUGUAUGCUUAUUUAACGUCGUGUUUUUCCUGGUGAUGCUGCGAACGUAGGAAUACUAAGGAAAAAUGUUUGAAUUUCUUUGCCGAGAUGGUUUAGGGAAUCUUAUUGCUCAAGAAUAUAUCAGUAUAUAAAAAACAAAAAACAAAAAACAAAUGUCUAGUCUAGGAAAACCAAUGACAUUCAUGUAAAGAGCUUAAACACAGAUUUUUCAAACAUCUCUAAUGAAAGCAUCGUGGCUUAUUUUAUUGUUUGUAUAC